AUGAACGAUUACAGCAAGUGGGAGCAGCUGGAAGACAGUGAGGAUGAGAAAAUCGAGAAGGCAGAGUUGGAGCAAGAGAAGGCAAGGGCAGAGUACCAGGAGGAAUGCCGUGCAGAACAAGCAGAGGUUGAGAAGUGGUUACGGCGAUACCAGACACUGCUCGUAAAGGCGGAGGCAGAGCCUUCGCAAGCGCGGCCGCGGGAUCCCUAUGCCCCCCCGGAGUUGAUCAAGAAUAGCCAGCAGCCGUUUCGGAAAGCCAGCCGUGACGAUCUGCGGGUCUUGAGCAUGCUCAUGGUGCUGAGCCAUUUCGAGGAAGGCGGGACGAACCUGACCAGACAUCCUCAGCUGUUGGAUCUGGUCCGCCACAACCGAUGGCUGGAGGAGGACCCAGGGGCGAUGGAGCUUUUGUGCAGAGUGCACAACUACCACAUGAAGCAAGCGGAGGAUAAGGGUCGUGCACCGACGGCUCCCGAGCAGGAAAAGCUGGAACAGAGGCACCGAGCUCUUUUCUCUUCCCAGCCUUCUGCCACGGAUAAAGCGCCCCGCUCGCGCCUCUUCCUCUUAUGGCAGACUGCUUCCCGACCGCUGCCUGAUGACUCCUUGGCGCUGGUGAGCAUUGCGCCCGAGCUUCCCAAAAUAGUGCGCAGUAACAUUCAAAAGCCAGCUUGCUUCGCUCGUGGCGAUCCUUUUGCCAGCACGCACAAGGGCGUUCGGAUGGUCUCAAUAGAGAGGCGAAAAGACGUGCUGACGUCCGUGCAGGACGCGGCCGCCUACACAGAGGACUUUAAGGUCUGCUGCCGCCGAAAGUACAGCAAUCUAACCAGAUGUUGGCGUCUGCUCCUGGAUACUGCUGGUCUGGGUCGGGUCUCUUUCAUUCCCUUCUGCCGCGCUGCGCGUGCCAUGGGCUUCACCCACGUCACCACGCUGUGGAAGCAGCUGGAUGUUAACAACAGUGGCUUCAUCACAUUGGAGAGCUGGGAUCCGACGUCAUACAAGAGCCUCAUGCAAUUCCGCUCGAUCUGCCUUCGGGAGUAUGGCGGCCUCCGGGAAGCCUUCCAGUUCGGCCUUGACAGAAGUGGCUCGGGCACCUGUACGAAGAAGGAGCUCCGGCAAUUCCUGCAGGACUUCGACUUCGCCGGGGACUGCGCCGCUCUCUGGAGCGCGCUGGACGAGAACCAGGAUGGCUACUUGACCGUUGAUGAGCUGGACUUCUUGUCACAAUGGCAGGGCGAGAGAUACCGAUCUGACGAGGUCCAUCCUGCAGGGGGUUCUGACAUCGCGGCGGGCUCGGGCGGCUCAGUUCUUGCUUUGCGCUGGGUGACAGUCGCAGUUGUGACAGAGGAUAUUCUGUGGGUGAAUUUCGUUUUCAGACUUGAAGAUUUCAACUUCCACCUCCAUGACAGCGAAUACGUUACGACCGAGACAAAGUCCGACUUCGCAGCUAUUGUAGCGCAGUUGAUCACAUGA